AUGUCAGAAACAUUGUGUCUCCUAAUUGAACUAUUACUUGGUCUUGAUCAAAGUAAUUGCGAUCCUUCUUCUGGGCCAAAAAUUUUGAUUAUUAAGGAUAAAGAAGAUUGCAUAUAUGGAGGUUAUAUUUCUCAGGCUUGGGAUAGACAUGGUGAUUUCUAUGGAGAUAUAAAGUCUUUUCUCUUUCAGGUAUAUCAUAGGGCUUCAAUUUUCAAGUAUACUGGAGCAAACAACAAUGUACAAUGGUGUGCAGUGAAUCUUAGUUCAGAAAGCAUCCCGAACGGGAUUGGCUUUGGAGGGCGCGUAAAUCACUUCGGCCUCUUCCUCUCAGCAAGCUUUGAUCUAGGGCACACAUUCACCUGCACAACAUUUGGCAGCGCUUCCCUCUCUAAGACCAACACUAUAUUCCCGGAAGUCAUGGAGUGCUGGGGAAUUACUCAUAGAGGAGCACAGCAAGAAAAGCAGGACGCCGUAAAAGGUACAGUUUUGGAAAGAUCCAAGGAAGACCGUCACAUGCUCAACAUGGUUGGGCUUGCAAAUUUUGACUGCCACAGGAGGCACUUUUGACUAACAAUUUUAUGUCAUUUGAUUUAGGAGUUAAUUAUUGGCUUGAAAAGGCUCAAGAAACUUUUACAGUUUGCCUGUAUCUUUAUGCAACCAAAGUUGUCUCUUACCAAUCCAAAUACAAUGUUAAGAAUUGAUUUAGUUAUGCUGUGAAAUCUGUUUUUUACAGUUGGCCUAGUAUGAUUCGCCAUGGUCUUUUUUUUUUACUUAGAUUAUAUU